AUGAAUACUACAUCAAGCAAUAUUAGCAGUGCUCUUUUAGCUGCACCUUAUCAGCUGAACAUUUGGUUUGGUUCAUUUAUUUGGUUGGCCGGUAAUAUCGGCUGUAUUGGAAAUAUGCUAGUAUUUCGUUCUCCCGCUUUUCGAAAGCAGGCUUAUUCGAUUUAUCUAUUAGCAGAAGCAAUGUCUGAUUUCUUAUAUUUCAAUUUUGGAUUGAUUAUACGAAUACUUCAACAAGGAUUUCAAAUUCCACUUACUACAAAUUACAAUAUCAUCUGCAAACUCCGACAAUUUAUUUCGAUUUGGAGUAAUCAAGUUUCGUUUAGUUUGUUUUCAUUUGCAAUUAUUGAUCGACUUUUAUCUACACAACGUUCGAAUAUAUAUCGUCAGUGGAGCAAUCGUGUAACACUAGCUUACAAGAUGUGCAUUACAUGCGUAGUCUUUUGGCUAUUAUUUAUUGGUCAUCGACUUAUUUUAUAUAAUGUUAUAAAUGGAAAAUGUGCUCCUUCAUUAAAACUUUACGCUUAUAUUGAUAAUUGUAUGGAAGUAGUUUUUAAAGCAAUAUAUCCACCUUUAGUAAUGAUUGUACUUGCUUAUUUAUUAAUACGAAGUGUGCGAAAUGUUAUUAAACGGAAAAUCAGUCAUAGUAAUAAUCGACCAUCGGUAACCAUUCCAUGUCGAUCAGUUCUUCAACAAAUUGAUUCCCGACUUACAUUUAUGCUUAUAUUACAAUCAAUCAUUGCUACACUGACAUUUAUACCAUAUGCAGCUGAACGUAUCUAUAAAAAUAUCACUGAAGAUUGGCCAAAAUCAGCUUUACAGAAUGCUCAAGAAAGCAUCUUUGUUGAAUUAACUCACUUACUGUCUUACACAUUUUUUGCUUCUAGUUUCUAUAUAUCAAUUAUCUCAAAUUGUGGUUUUCGUCGAGAACUCAAAAACUUCUUUAGAAAAUCACACCAUAAUAAUCCUAGAAUGCGUACAAAUAAUAUUUUUUAUACCAGUCCAACUAAUAAUAUUCAAUCAACACAAAAGCAUCGUUCAUCUUAA